UUCUCUCUGAAAAAAUUCUCUCAAUUUUUUCUCAAAUAACACAACCCAUUUUGAUCUUCAACCCAUUUUCAAAAGCAGAAAAUUUUCCCAACUGCUGCCUUGCUCUCUCCUUAUUCGACACUUCCCAGUCCACAACAGACCUGAUCUGGCUUUCCUCACCACAAAAACAGACCGAUUCAAUUCAAGAAAACGGGUUCAAAGAUUUUCCCCAGAAAAUAGAUUCUAAAAUGAGUAAAGCAAAAUAUGUACCUGACCCUAUUCUUGAAGACAUCGUUCGCAACUGUGGGCUAGCUAGUCGAUUGAAAUUUUCUGCUGCUUCAAAGGGGUGGGGAUUAAUUGUUGAGAAAAUUCGUAAAGACUCACCGGUGACAACAGAUUUGGGCUUUGUGGUGGCGGCAUAUGCUGGUAGCAUUAAACAAAGAUUUACCAUUUGGAAGGUUGAAAAGGAGGGUACAGAGUGUGUCAAGGUAUUAUCUGAUACUACACGUUUGUCCUUCGUUGGCUGCUCCGGGGGAUGUAUUCUGUUCAGGGAGAAUUUUUAUGACCGAAAGAAGGAGUUUCAGGUUACUGAUCCUCUGGAAGGAUUUCAAUGGAAGGUCCCAUUUCAUCCCAAAGCUGGUCCUCAUCCAAAAUUUGCAGUAACAGGACACAAACAGUUUCUGCUAUUGUUCCAAUUGUUCAAGCACACAAACGUAGUCGAUUCAACUACCAGAUUCGUGCUAUUCAACUCAGGAUGCCAUGAGUGGGAAGAGAGGGUAGUUUAUAUAAGAAAUUCUUAUUUGAUGAAAGAAAAAGAAUUUAAGCGGGAUGACUGCAACAAGGAUGGGGUUUUUUGGCAACAGAAAUUUUACUCCUUUUGGAGUUCUCUUCUAAUGGAGUAUGAUGUUGAUAAUGAUGUGUUGACGCUUUUCAGAAUACCUGAGGAAAUGCAUUUGUUAGAAUCAAAGUCAAGGUUACUUUUAUACAGAUGGUUGGAUUCUGAAUUGCAUCUUUGGCGUUUCCAGGGGCAGCACAGCCAAUCUAUUUUGAAGAAAUUGUGUGCAAUAACAGAAAUUUCUAGAGGCCAGCCUUUAUUUUUUGAUGAAGAUGUAGGGAUCAUCUAUAUGAGAGGUCAAGAUACGGUAUUGUUUUCUUAUAGUUUAGAGAAUCACGAAGAGGUGAAAUUGUUGGAAAUAAGCAGCAAUAAUGCUGAAGUUAAAAUGUAUAAAUUCUGAGAGGAAGUGAAGUGAUGUUGAGGCUUCUGGAGGUUACACGGAUUUUUUUGAUGUAGGUGUAUUUGCUGGUAUGUUGACAUUUUUUUAGAAUUUCUUUUUUUUUUUUUGAAAACAAAUUUGACAUUGGCUGCUCCAAAUAUCUCUCUCUUUACAGAAGGACAAAAAAGGGCAUUCUCAUCCCAAAUGUAUAGGGGUUUUCAAUAGUAAAUAGGGAUUUUUUUUUUUUUGAUAUAUUUGUGGAGGCUCCAAAUCUCUCUCUUUACAGAUAAGGAUU